CUUCUGUUGUCAAUCAUUGACCGGUGUUUGCUGUAAUCUGAUAAUUUCUUUUAGACGAGAGCUGCUGGCAUAAAUGUUCAUAAGAGCAUUAUGCAGAUGGAGACCUGUCCCAACUGUUGGAGUCGGGAGGAGCGUUUUCAGUUGAUGAAACGAGAUUGUACUGGCAGAAAUCAUCGACGCUGUGGAGUAUCUGCAGAAACUAAGCGUCAUACACCAAGACCUAAAUCCAGACAAUAUAUUGGUAGAUCUUCAGGGCCACAUUGCUGUCGCAGAUUAUGGUUUAUGCAAAGAGUUUGUCAGCUCUGAAGAGGGUGAUCGUGAGUAUUCACGAUGUGGCACAAGUCAGUACAUGGCCCCACAGAUAUUCAUCGGCGAAGGCUACGGCUAUGUUCUGACUGAGCACUCGAAGAAAACCAUAAGAAAAUUCACCACAAUCUCUGGCUGGCUUAGCAUCAGACAGAAAGCUAUUGAAAUAGAUAAAAGAAGAAAAAGCAUCAUCAAACAUAGGAAUGAUCCAUAUUAACCUGGAGGCAAGAAACGAACAAUUAGUUCGUUCUAACCACAAACUUUCUAGUUGUGUAGAGCCUUGUGGAAAAUGUACAAGUGCGCGAUGAAAUGAAAGUGUCAGAUUGCGGUUCUUAUCCGUAAUUUUAAUCGUUGUAGGAAGCGUACUGGUGGAGUGUUGGCGUAAUGGCAUUUGAAAUGAUGAUCGGUCACAAGCCCUUUCCAUAUAACGAACAUAGAAACGAAGAAGAACUUUGUAGGGCAUAAACUGGGAUGGCAUGUCCAGUAAACAGUUAGUGAUGCCAUGUGCACAGGAUCUUGAGUGUGAGGACCUCACUGCCCCUGAAGAACAUUUUGCAGAGAACGAUCUUUCCUUUCUGUCGCCAGCCAGUACGUGUGGCAACGAGAGUGAGGUGAGGGAAGGUGCUUUGUCUUAUGUUGUAUUAUGUGGUGCAAAGCAACAGAGUUUAUUUGCAGCACCAAGUGUUGGAGGCUGAGGGUUAUAAAACUUAAUAAUGCUGUGGUUGGCCUUGCACCUCAGCUGGUAUUUGCGUGUAUGAAUGUCUGCUGUUUCAUUGGAACUGGCAUCUUCACAUUUUGAAAGGUCAUUACCGGGGGGGUGGGGGUGAAUUUAUUUUCUAAGGAUAGGUUCCAGCGGCUGAAUUAGGAGCUUAUAUUAGUUUCUCAGGAAGGAGACUGUUCCAUGGAGUUAGUUAUAUAUAGCCCAAAUUAGAAACAAACAUAAGUGCAUGAAUUAUUAGCCAUUCACAUGGCAAAAAUUCAUUAAUAAACCAAAAUGUUUCAGUGUUUCUUUCUUGUUUCCUUCAUCCCAUGCCUCAUUCCGGACCUUGAUAUUUGAACGGGGCAGCCUUGUUGCAGUGUUAUUAGAAAGGCUCUUAGUGUGUUAAUGCACCAAAUAUACAGUGGCAGCACUGUAUCUACGUACUAAGCACUUGAAAGAAGAGCAUCCCACGAGAAUUUAACAGGGUGUGGGGCACUGUGUGCCAUUAAAUUUGAAGGCACAGAACAUUUUCCCUGUGUUUGCAGUAGAUGAAAGAAAGAUUCACUUCACAUAUGUGUUUUACGUCCACAGAUCCCAUGGCUACUUAAACUGAUUAUAAUCUUUGAGAGGCUGACAGCACGCUCAGCUAGUUAAAAAAUUAGAUCCAUAUAAAUAUGUUAGUCCUCUUAUGGCGAGGAGUUGUUAGCAUCCCACUUGAUUUUCAGCUGUCCUCCAUUUCUGGAUGCCUUCUCCUCCUGCAACCAGAGGAAGUGCCGUGCAGUGGUAAAAGAUGACUUAAUAAAUUGGUAUUGGUAAUGUAAAUUGCAUUGAGCUAAUUCAGGUUCAGGUUCACUGUUGGACUUUACACAUAAUGAAGACAUUUGUUUAAUUGUCAUGGACCCAAUAUACUCCCUUGCGGUACACCUGACGUUAUUCUGACUUCCUUUGAUAAUUGCUCUCCUACUCUAACUCUCUGCGUUCGGCCUAAAAGGAAUUCCCUUAUCCAUGCGACUACCCUCGAGUCCAUGCCCGAGGCCGCAAUUUUCGUAAGCAGCCGAUCGUGAGGAACUAAAUCGAAGGCCUUCGAAAAAUAGAUUAUAUAAAUGUCCUGGCAAACCGUGAUUACUUGACUUUCAGAUGAAUAUCCCGGCCUGAACCCAUGUUGUCUGAGACAAGCAAAGGAAUAGAUAUAUUCAAUAUUUUUUCCUCAUAUCUGGAAAGAAAAGGUCUCUCCUGGAAGAAUUGUGUUGGCAUCUGUACUGAUGGUGCCCCAUCCAUGCUUGACUCCAUAAGAGGUUUUAUUUCUCACGUAAAACAAGAAAAUGCUGAUGUUUUCUCAACACACUGCUUUCUUCACAGAGAGGUGCUGAUUUCAAUAUCUCUUGGAGAUGAAUUGAAAAAAGUUUUUGAUGAUGCUACAAAAAUGGUUAACUUUAUUAAACAAAGCCCAGUUCACUCCAUAAUGUUUAAAAAACUGUGUGAAAACCUGGACAAAGAGCCCAUAAAUUUCUUCCUAAGUACAGAAAUCCGGUUUCUGAGUAGAUUAAGAGUUAUAUAUAGGUUGUUUGAGCUAAAAGAUAAAUUGCAGGAAUACUUUCAAGAAAACAAUAAGCAAGAUUUUGCCGAGUUCAUUGAAGAUGAAAAAUGGUUGCAGAGGCUAGCCUACUUAGCAGACAAUUUUAAUUACUUGAAUCAGCUGAACAACUCACUGCAAUGCCCUGGAGAAAAUAUAUUGACUUAAAGUGACAAGAUUCUUGGAUUUAAAAGAAGACUGAAUCUUUGGAAAAAUCAUGUUGCAAAAGGGAAUCUUGAGAUGUUUCAAUUACUAGUGUAUGAAAACCUCCGUAUGAGGUCUCUUGAGCAGGCAGUUUGAUUUCAUCUUUUUUUUUGUAUUGUCAAUAAACGUGAGAAAAACGUAAGUUUAUUUUUUGCUUAAACCAACUAUCAGAAAAAAAUAUAUUAUGUUUUCAUUAUGAACUUUAAGUUUACAAAAGAGACAGAAAGAUAUUAAUCAUGAUAAUAAUUUUUAUGAGACAUGAAUAUUAUUUCAAGGGUUCCGCAGGGGUAAAAAGGUUGAGAAACGCUGUUGUAACCUAUCGAAGCAGAAUUACCUGCUUCGCGGGUCAUCAUGCCAACUGAGCGUUAGAGGAAUGUAAGGACCUUCUAAAAUGAUAGGCAGGGGAGAGGCGAAAUGCGAAAUGAAGAAGGCAGUUCUGGGUGCUGGGCAGGGACGCAGCAGAAGCAAUGAAUCUCACGAAAUGAGCCAGAGAUUUUAAACUAAAUGGACGAACUGACCUAUUGAAUUCGAAGCUCUUCUAAAUAAUAUUGAAGGAUUCAGCCCGUACCGCGAAGAAAACACCACACUUGACCGAAGCGAAGAUCAACUGGUUGACGCUGUUUAAGGAAAUAAUCGCUGUUUAUUCUGAGAAACAUACGAAGCAUACAAAUGCGAAAUGAAGAGUUACUGAUUAUUAAGUUAGAUGGUACAUAUAAUUAUCACUGAGUAGGGUUUACACACAACAUUCAUGGAAUUUACAAAAAAUUGGAGAUAAACCAAAAGAAAUAAUUUUCCUCAGAUGCUCAGUUAAGAAAUCCCAUAUCCAACUGUGAGUUACCAACCAAAUGGUGUCUGGGGAGACCCUACAAAUGGUGCCAUGGACUGGGGUAUUGAAGGCUGCUGACGAUGAGUGUGUUGAAGUCUUUGACGGCAGUGCAUGUAGCAGUGAGGGGAGUGUGAGAACUAAGGGCACAGUUUGGGUCGUAAAAAAUGUGGAAGAUAGAUGGCUUGCGCACGUAGGGAAGAAUCCCCUUACUCAAAUUUAAUUCGAAUGGUUUACCCAUGAUUCAAACACUCUAAUUAAUUCUAUAUCAUAUUUUAAAGCCAUGCUGUGUGACGUAGAUGAACUAUAAAAGAGUCAUUUCGCCACCAGAUUAGUAUAUUUAAACACUUUCCAACUUCUUUCGAAUAGUUUCUUUCUCCAGGGAUGCUUUAAAGUUGAUUAAUUUCUUUCAUCAAGAUUAAAAGUAUUUAAUCACAUUUCAUUGCAUAAAGAAUUACGACAGUGUUUUGAAGAGGAGAAAUAAGAACGUUUGAAAAUAAUUUCGCCCCAUUUUGAUUUGUAGUAAGCUCCCUAAACAAUUUCAUUAUUCCCCUUUGUCAUAUUUCUCCCUCUUAAUUUUCAGCGCUCCCUCAUGGUCUUCGGUGUUCUGUCAUUUUGAAUCGCGUGCCCUUUUCCCCCUCCCAGCUUCGAAUCAUUACCCAGAACUCGGGGAACAAAAGAGAGGCAUUCUUAAAAAAUCAAUACUUCUCCAAAUCGGAUUUGUCCCUAUAAAACUUCUUUUACAGCCAAAUCUAAGUCAGUAAUUUAACAGCCUGGAUCUCGCAAUGUGAUCACAGCCCUUGACAACGCAAGAGCGUCUGCUGGCCUUGAUGAUGAUACAUCACCUCUUCUUCAGAGCAACAACGUAAAAAACCAGCAAAAACGGAAGGUUUUAAAGUGGAAAUUCACAACUCCAAGAGAAGAAUUUGUGGAUUUACUGAAAGAUCAAAUGACAGAUACAAAUGUAAAUCGGACACUAUUGGCAAAUAUGUUCGAUUCAGACUUUCAAUUCCAUCUUAAAGCCAUUGAUGCACUAAGCGAGUACCGCGCGUUGAGAUCCGUCACCUGGAGACACAUUUACAGCCCCUACUCCGUCUCUGGACAUCUGGCGUGCUUCUACGCCGGCAGUUUGCUGGACGAGUUCCUCAGUUUCCUGCGACUGGGCCGCGAUUCGCCAACCGACUUGGGGUUAGCCAUGCUUAACCCAGAUAAUGAAAACAAAGUCUCCAAACUCUUUUACCAGUGCUUGUUAUUCAUGGACCACUUCAAGAAAAUAACUAAGAAAUUCAAACUCGAUUGUUCCACCUCUGGGGCAAAGCUUAUUGACCUUUGCCAUCGCAUGACAAAGAAACAAGUCGGGACGACCCCACAUAAGCAGGCGGUGACAGUCAAUGGAACGGAAUGCCACGUCAAGGCUCAUAAUAGGACGCCUUACACGUGGUUCAAUCGCCUGCCUUCAUCUCAUGCUCAACCUAAUCAGUGGAGCGAAGAGCCGAGUUCGAUAUAUCUGCGCAUGAGCCAACCAAUCAAUGGCAGGAACCAUUUCUUCCUCGAGAAGAUUCACCAUGAAAAAGAACUGCUAAUUCGGAAAGACCCCUCUGCAUUAAUAUUAAAAUACGUUGUACCUUCUCUUUACAACGAGUUUCACAAGAAUUAUGGCUAUUUAUUUUUUUAUGGAAUCUUGGAUCUGUCGGAAGGCGACUUCAAUUUCAACGAAGAAAGAUCUCCAACCAUUCAGCUUUUCAAUUAUUUUAAUCUUGAUUCCUUUACUUCACAUAACGAAACUGAUUCUUCUGACAGAGUAAUUAAUGUUCCAGAAUCCCCUAACAUGGACCUCAAUAUUGACAUAGAACAUCAAUCACCGUUAAGACUGGCCCCAAUAAAAUUUUCUGAUAACUCUCUAGCAUACAUUUCGGACUCCGAUGUAAUCGUGAUCGGUUAUCGCCGGAUCCGCUUCAGGUGAACCAUGGAACUAAAUUCGUUUUUAAAAUUAGUAUAAAUUGCUCUGCGUCUCUUGCAAAAGGCCUAACUUCUACGUUUCAACAAGUGGUGGCUCGUUCAUCAGACCUGCAGCAACCCCUACAUUUUUUCAAAAAUUGAAAAAUUUAUUUUUUGUUUUUAUAUAAUUUGUAACACUAAUUGUAAUUUAUUCUAAGCGCGACUGGCUGUGCAGUUUGGUUCAAAUCUGAUCUGGGUCUCUCAUUCUUACGUACUUUGUUUUUCAGCCAUGUGACAAAGAAACAAGACAUCUUCAUGUACAUUGGAGUUAAGUUACUUGAUUAAAUGUUUGAUGCUAUUUGAAAUGAAUGUGAUAAAUCA